GUGGAUAUACCAUCACUAUUUAGCAAUGCUAAUGGCUCUUGUUAGCCUUACUUGGGAGAUAAAGGGAUAGCCUGAUUGCUCGAGUAAGCAGAGUGGGGUACAACUUUUCUUGCGUUGGGCAAUCAUGCAAGGAAUUGCAAUGCAUCUACAUAAUAGGUACCAGCGUCAAAGAUUACGCACCCAAAUUGCUCUGGGAAAGGUGAGGCCUUCCUUUGAUUUAACAAGUUCAGGUUGCUUUUCAUCCUGUGAAGAUUUGUCCUUCCCUGACAUUCUUCAGUUUCCGGUGUUUAUAGUUGUUGAGGAAAAUUUUGUUACUCACUUUUUCAGGUGCACGCUUAAAAAUUCAGAGUUGUUACAUGCUUGAACCAUCCAGGGCAUCGAAGUUCAGUCAAACCAUCAAGUCAAUGUAUAGGACUGCGCUUUUGUGUGUCAUUUUCUUCAAGCUGUCAUUCAAGAGAAGAGAGGAGCGAGGCCUUGAUCCAGACUCAGGAGGAGGAGGAGACGAGGAGCAACACCUAUUUUUAUUGUCCGUCAAGCCCCAUUAUACUUUGCGGUUCCAGCCACCUGAUCACUAACCUGAAUGAGUAAGUAGACCAUUAUAUAUGAUGGUCUUGCUUCCUUUUGUGAUCAUGUAUCUAUGUUAGAUCCGGUGAGAAAAGGCGGCUUCCAAGCAAAGGAUGCGGCAGUGUUGGCCACGUUUGGUUUUCAUAAGCUAAUAAUGUAUCCCUUCCUGUGUACUUCCUUUGUGUACCACAUUGUAACUAAGCAUCUAUGUACCAGCAGUAAAGACUUGGGUGUCUGAAUAUUCUCACAAUAGUUGUCUCCCUCUCGCCCUUUGCGCCAUUGGCGCAACGAGUCAUCUAGUAGAGUUAAAAUCAAGAGGCACUGUAGCUCCUCAAUACAAGGUGGACCUCUGUAGCCACGCAACAGUGCUACACUCAGCUCGGCUGAACAUGCCACACGAUCUGCAACUCGAUUAUGUAGUCCAUGAAUAACUAGCUCUUAGCAUCUUAUUAAUUGAUAUCAUCUAAAGUCCCAAACCACAUAAAUCAGUUCAUCUAAACAAAGAAGCAUGACUGACAUUGUUUGACAAAACAAAAAGAACCACCUCACUGUAAAAUGCUCAAAUAAGCCGUGGACAAAAGAAGCUUUGCGAAAGGCUGCAGUUGGUUUCCCCUCACAUCACCUACAAGAAGGCCAUUAUAAAGAGCCAUCCCAUCAUGCAUCCUCUGGCGCCAAAAACAGCAAAGUUGCACAAAGUGUCGCCUCAUCAUACCACCCACAUAGCCCCUCCUAUCUCCGAUCGAUCGAUCGCUCAGUGAUCACUGGCCACGCUCUCACUCGGCCACUGCAGCUGCCACUCUCUCAAGCCAACCAAGGAAGCCACCACGCGCGUGAACCUGCGCACGCCCACCGCGAGAGUGAGAGAUGCAUCCGCUUCGCCGCUCUCUCCUCCUCCUCUACGGGGCGGUCGCCGCCGGCGUCUUGCUGUUCUCGCCGGCCUACUGCGCUGCGUCGACAUUGCCGGAUCCGGCGCCGCUCGACCCGGCGGGCCUGUUCAUGCCCUCGGCCACGCCGGCGCAGCCCGGCUCCGCCACGAUCCCGGCGUUCCCGGAGCAGUCGGACGCCGUGUCGGGUGCCUCCUCCACGUGCCCGCUCGACCCCUUCCCGCGGCUCCUCCCGGCCGUGCUGUCCUCCUGCGACGCUGACGGCGCGCUGCCCUCGAGGUUGCGGUGCUGCCCCGCGCUGGCCGCGUGGCUGUUCGCCGCCUACGCGCCCACCGCGCUCGCGGCGAGGCCGGCGCGGCCGGCGUCGGCGGCGCCCGUGGACAUGCCGGUGCCGCCGGACGACUCGGAGGCGUGCGCGGGCGCCGCUGACCGCGCGCUGCGGUCCGAGGGGGCGGCGCUGCCGCGCCCGCCGGGCGCCAACGGGACGUGCGACGUGGCCUUCUGCUACUGCGGGGUGAGGCUGAGGCGGCUCACGUGCGGGGCCCAGCCGACGGGUGCCGGACAGUGGGUCCCGGCGGACGCGGCGGCGAGGAGGCUGAAGAGGGACUGCGCGCGGGCCGGCGUCCCCGGCUGCUCCAAGUGCCUCCGUGCUCUUUCCACGAUAAAGGCUGGAUCCGGCGGCGGCGUAACGGCGGUGGCCGCGUCGGGGAAGCUGCAGGCGGCCGCGUCGAGCGAGCGGGACUGCCAGCUCAUGGGCCUCAUGUGGCUGCUGCAGCGCAACGCCACGCGGUACGGCGCGGCGGCCACGGCCGUGAUCCGGGCGCUGAUGGCCGCGGACGAGGCGUCCGCCGUGGGCGUCGCGGCGGUGGCGGGGCCGGCCGCCUGCUCGCUCCCCGUGGACGACAUGCCGUUCGCGGCCGAGUACGGAAGGCUCAGCGGGGCCGGCGGCCGGCCACCUGCCCUCCGCCGCCUCCACCUGGUUCUGCUCGCCGUAUUCAGCGUGGCCUGCUCGCUGUAGCACCGCGCGCUCGUGAUCGAGUUUUAAUUUGUUAUACGGUUGUCCACUUGUAUGACACGGUGCGUUACGUGUGAGAUAGUGGUGCACGGCAGAUUCCAUGGUUCAUUAAUACUAUGAACUCUGAACA